CCCGCCCCCGCCCCAGCCCCGCGGCCUCGGCGCCAUGAGCGGCGGAGUCCCCACGGCGGGAGGAGCCGGGGCCCCCGGGGGCUCGGGCCGGCCCCGGACCAGCUCGUUCGCGGAGCCCGGAGGAGGAGGAGGAGGAGGAGGCGGCGGCCAAGGGGCCAAGGCGCCGGUGGGGCCCGGGGGAUCCGGGGGCGCCGCCGGAGGGACCGGCAGCGUCGGCGGGGCCGGGACCAGCUUCCCCCCGCCCGGAGUCAAACUGGGGCGUGACAGCGGGAAGGUGACCACGGUGGUGGCCACCCCGGGACAGGGACCCGAGCGGUCCCAGGAGGUGUCCUACACCGACAUCAAGGUGAUCGGCAACGGCUCCUUCGGCGUCGUCUACCAGGCCCGACUGGCCGAGUCCGGGGAGCUGGUGGCCAUCAAGAAGGUGCUGCAGGACAAGAGGUUCAAGAAUCGGGAGCUGCAGAUCAUGCGCAAGCUGGACCAUUGCAACAUCGUGCGGCUGCGCUAUUUCUUCUACUCCAGCGGCGAGAAGAAGGACGAGCUCUACCUGAACCUGGUGUUGGACUUCGUGCCGGAGACGGUCUAUCGGGUGGCCCGCCACUUCACCAAGGCCAAGCUGACCAUCCCCGCCAUCUACAUCAAGGUCUACAUGUACCAGCUGUUCCGGAGCCUGGCCUACAUCCACUCGCAGGGCGUCUGCCACCGGGACAUCAAGCCCCAGAACCUCCUGGUCGACCCGGACACGGCCGUCCUCAAGCUCUGCGACUUUGGCAGCGCCAAGCAGCUGGUCCGCGGGGAGCCCAACGUCUCGUACAUCUGCUCCCGUUACUACCGCGCCCCAGAGCUCAUCUUCGGCGCCACCGACUACACCUCGUCCAUCGACGUGUGGUCGGCCGGCUGCGUCCUGGCCGAGCUGCUCCUGGGCCAGCCCAUCUUUCCCGGGGACAGCGGCGUCGACCAGCUGGUGGAGAUCAUCAAGGUCCUGGGGACUCCAACCCGGGAGCAGAUUCGGGAGAUGAAUCCCAACUACACCGAGUUCAAGUUUCCCCAGAUCAAGGCCCACCCGUGGGCAAAGGUGUUCAAGACGCGGACGCCGCCGGAAGCCAUCGCGCUGUGCUCGCGCCUGUUGGAGUACACGCCGGCCACGCGCCUCUCCCCGCUGGAGGCCUGCGCCCACAGCUUCUUCGACGACCUGCGCCGCCCCGGGGCCCAGAUGCCCAACAGCUGCCAGCUCCCGCCCCUCUUCAACUUCAGCCCCGUCGAGCUGUCCAUCCAGCCGUCCCUCAACACCGUCCUCAUCCCCUCUCACCUGCGGUCGCCGGGCGGCUCUGCUCCCUGCACCCCGGCCUCCCACGGAGAGCCCCGGCUCGGAACGGAGCGGUCGCCCGCCGAGGCCUCGCCGUCCCUCAGCAACUCCUCCUGAGGGCCCCGGCCUCCUGUCACCCUGUCCCCUUCCCCCCCCCCAACCCCCACCCUGGGGAAGAGCCCCCUUGGAAGGACCUGGAGAGUCAGCGAGGCGGCGUCCGGCCCGUUCCUCUCUCCGGGGGCCCCCCCCCCCCCCCAUCCCCUACCUUGGCCUGGCCUUGGGAGAGGGGGCUGCUGGCGGGGUGGUGGGGCGGGAAGGGGGAGGGGCAUGCAGCCUCUCCCCACUUUCCCCUCCCUGUCUGAUUUGGCUUUGUGGGGAAGCGGGCGUUUUAAGAGGAUUUUAAAGCCGGGGUGGGGGGCGGCGCAAGGGGGAAGGGGAAGAGACUCCCCUAUCCUGGAGGAGCCCCUGCUCCCCCAGCCCCACCGACUCAGGGUGGAGGGCGAGGUUCACGCUCCCCCCUACCCCCCCCCCCAUCGUCCCUUGUAAAUAGGUGUGGACCCAUCCUCCCCGACCCGUGCCUAGCUUUCCCUGGUGUAAAUAGAUUGUUAAAAUUUUUUUCUUAAAGAAAAUGUCACUGAUUCACGCUGCCCUCCCCAUCCCCGUCCGGCGCCUCUCUCCCCCCUCCGGGACCCCGCUCCCGUGAUCCCCCUCCCGCCCUACCCCUUCUCCUCCGGCCCUCCUCGUCCCCACGGCCUGGGCUAAAGCAGAAGGAGCAGAGCAGGCCUGCCUCCCCCCACCCUCCCGUCCCGUCCCCCCCCCGCCCCGCCCCACGUGUUCCUCGCUCCAGUAGGGUUUGCCUGUGUACAGACCGCUCUCCAAUAAAUUAUUGGCAUGAAAAGGGG